CUCAUUCAUACGAAGCACUCGGCUUAGUACGGACAGAAAAACGGGGAACAAAUUUUAUUCUUCAACGCUUACAUUUCUCGAAUGAUUGUGUAGUUUUACAAAAACCUAUUCUCAAAAUAUCGAUGUCAAGUAGGCAUAUGAAUAAUAACUCUCAACUUAUCUAACGUUAUUCGUCAGUUCGAAAACAAACUCAGUUCGCUGCGGGCAAAAAAUAUUUAACUCCCAACAAUUUUUUCAGUAAUUUUCAAUUUUUUUUCAAUAGUCUAAGCAGAAAUGCUGAUCGUCCAGUUGACCCCUAUGGAGAGGGCAUUCAUGAAGUGCUCGGCAAUUAUUCGCAAGUGGGUGAAUACUUCUCUAACAAUGAACAUCCAAUGCAUCGAGCAACUGGCAUCCGGAGCGGUCUACUGUCAGUUCAUCGACAUGGUCUUCGAGGGAGCUAUGCCACUCGAGGAUGUCAUCUUUGAGUCUAAUCGAUUAGUCGACUUCAGGAAGAACUUUCAAUUGCUAAAGAAAUGUAUUGAUGAACUACAAAUUCCGCUGCUGGUUCCCAUCGAGUCACUCGUUUGGUGUGACUUCAAUGCCAAUCUGCGAUUUGCCGCAGAUUUUUACGAUGCAUUCCAGGAUUUUAGCGCCGGCCAUCAGGAACGGGUGAAAAACUACAACCCACUGGCUGCCCGGAAUUACCAGAACUUCUCGAUGGCAUCACCCACUUUUGUCUCCCGUGGAACUGAUGUCCCCAAUCUCGAUGAGCUUGAUCCCCCCGUAAAGGAUAAUACGGAUGUGCAAACAUGUCCCCAUGAAGGUCUUAUAAAGAUCAUGGAGAAUGACGAUGGCCGCUAUUAUUUCGGGGUCGAUACAAAUACCCUGGAGACCGAUGUCUAAAUCUUGGGGGAACACAGUUAUAUUUCAUUUCGACCUUUUCCAAAUCCUUUCGGAACCAGUUGUGGUGUUACAUUCCGGCUAUUUGUAUAAAUAUACGUCAAAUUAGCCAUAUAAA